AUGGAGACGAGGCGCAGCUUACGAAUCAGAGGAGACCCCCCGAAGGAAGGACCCCGGGGGGGGAACAAGAGCACAGCGAAGGAGGAGCCCAAAACGAAGGGGGGGGGGAAGGCGAAAGGGGAUGCAAAGAAAGGAGCUGGUGGAGGAAAGGCAAAGGAAGAGAAGGGGAAGAAGACCUCCCAGGGGGACCAAAAUAAAAAGGAGGUUAAAGGACCCGCAGGGGGAAAGCGUGUGAAAGGGGAGGUAGAGGGAGGCGAACGGGAAGAGGGCACCGAGCAGGACAUCUCAAAUGAAACAAACGAAGCAGAGGAACUCCCCAAGAAGGGGAGCAAGACAGGGAAGGAUGCCUCCAACCGGGUGGAAGCCACGAAGGGGAAGAAGUCACUAGAAGAGACGAACCCCAUCACCACGGUAGAUGCAGAAAGUGAGUGCACAGAUGUUACCUCGCUGAGCAAUAAGAGGAGUGAAAGGAAUGUGAAGGGAGGGGGGAUGCUAUUAAGGAAACAGAGUAGCGGUACGAUUGAAAAUGACGGGGGGAACGGCUCAACUAGCAGAAGCAGGAAGGGAAAGGAGAUCACAGGAGGCACCUCUGGAGGUGGCAUCAAAGGGGUGAAGGAGGAAGAAGGGGGGGAGGAGGACCACUCGCUAAGGAGAGGGAAAUCAAAAGAGGGAUCCAAACAAAACGAUUCUGUUAAGAGGGAGGACCAAGGGGGGGGUUGCGGCAGAAGUAGGAAAGGAGGCAGUGCGAAGGGGAAGGCUGCCGGGAAGGGCUCCCCUGGUAAAGCCCCCCCAGGUAAAGUCCCCCCAGGUAAAGUCCCCCCAGGUAAAGACCCUCCAGAUAAAGGCCCUCCAGGUAAGGGCUCCCCAGGUAAGGGCUCUCCUGGUAAGGGUUCCCCAGGAAAGGGAUCUUCAGGAAAGGGCUCCCCUGGUAAAGGCUCUACAGGUGGAGGCUCUCCAGGCAAGGGCUCCCCCGACGUGGGAAGCCCCGGAGACCAGAGGAAAGGCGCUUCACAAACGAAGAGAGCCAAAGGGGCAGCCCUCCCCAUCAAAGUGAAAGUGAAAGGAGACGCGUCAGUCGGAAAGGGGGGCGGCAAGGGAGGCGGCAAGACGGCAGGCAAGACAAGCGACCCCGCAGCGGACACCGCAGCCGACGCGGCAAAUGAGAAAAUCCCACAAACCGUGCCACCCACCAGUGAGAAUGCCUCCCCGCAGGGAAAGGGCAAGUGGAGGGGGAAGGGGAAUCGGAGGGGCGGAGCGGAAGACGAACCCGUCCCAGCUAGCCAUUUUAUUAAAAAUAUGGAUUCAGAAGAACUGGAAAGUAGUAGAGCCAGGUGCAGCAGCAACAGGAGUAGCACCGUCGAAUGGAGUGAACAGUUAGAUGCGGGAGUGUCCGCCAUCGGAGGGGCGAAGCAAGGGGGAGCGAAGCCCACCAUCAACCGGAGCAUCAAAAGGAGGCUAUCCCAAAUUCUGGACGUGAUGAAGAAGAAGCAGGUGUUUCAGCUCAUUGGGGAUCAGGACGAGCAGUAUGGGAUUCACUUUGGAGGAGACGAGUCGGGGGGGGCAACUACCCCACCGGGGGGAGAUCUCACCAGAGGAGCCACCACCGAAAAGGGAAAAGAACCCACAGAUGCAAAAGCGGAACAAAUUAGAAACUGGCCCUUCUUGCAGAGAGUGAACCUGGACGUGAUUUACAACAAACUGCAUUUUGAUUUCUACGAAGGAGAAGAGGACUUCCAUCGAGACAUGCUAAUCAUAUUUGACCGAAUCAAACUAGCCAUAGAAACGGAGCAGAACCCAAAGGAAAAACAGAACCUGUAUCAACUUAGAUGCAGCACGUGGAAGACCUACGAGGGGGAGUUCUACAAGUUGCUCCUCUCCAUGAAAGGCACAAAGGAGGCCAAAAAAUUCUCCUCCGCGCAGAAGGAGCUGCGUGAGCAGGAGGACAAGUCCUUGGCGCAGCUGCUGUUGGGGGGGAAGCGGUCAGAGGAGCAGUUGGAGGGGAAGCAGUUAGAGGAGAAGCAGUUAGAGGAGCAACCGCUGAAGGAACAGCGGUUGGGGGAGGCUCACCCUGCUGGCGACAGAGCUGACCACGACCAUGACCAUGACCACGCGCAUGUGAGGCGAAGCUCGUCGUCCGUUAGCGUGGAAGCGAGUAGCCCCCUCGGGGGGAAGAAGCCCGCGGAGGGGAGCCACACGCCCUUCAGGGUUCGGCUGCGCCUGGGGAGCUUCUCCCUGGACGAGGGUGCGGCGGCGGGCAAGGGGGGCGAGGAUAACCGGAGUGGGGUGGCAAGCUUGAGGGUUAGCGGUGCCACUUCGCCCGAGAAGGGUAUAGCGGGGGGAGAAGCCAGCGUAGCAGCGGGAGUGGCAGCCGGAGUAGAAGCCAGCGUAGAUGCGGACGUAGCAGCCAACGCAGCCGCGGCGGAAGCGCCGACGGAGGAGUGGAAGAGGCUAAUCAGGGACCACGUGCUGCAGAGCCUGACCAGAGACAGCAGCACGGCCUUCUACUUCACCACCCCAGUGCUGGAGGACAAAAAUCUAAAUGAACAUAUUAAGAGCGAAUAUAAGCGGAAAAUAAAAAAGCCCAUGGACUACACGACUGUUUCUAGGAACCUGACCCAGGGGGUCUACCAGAACCCGUCUGAAUUCUACAGGGACUUAAAAUUGAUUUUUCAAAAUUGCUUUGAGUUCAACCCGGAUACCCUACAGAACCAGUACAUCAUAGAGGCGGCGAAGAGGGGGCAGGAGAGGUCUUCCAAUCUGUGGAGGAAGUGGAAGGGGAGGAUUCUGCAGGCCUACGAGCGGGGGGGUAAGGCGGCGGGGGAGCCCAGUCAAGCGGUGAAGGAGCCGCCCACCGCUCCUACCGCUUCUACCACUCCUACCGCUCCUACCACACCCCUCAACCCGGCGAGCUACGCCGAAUUCUUCAAAGGCAUGGCGAAGAAGAAGAAAAAGUUCAGCAGCAUCUACUCGCUGUGGGUGGAGUACCUGCUGGCGAACCGAGUGAGCUUUGAGCAGCUGUGCCACAUGCGGGGCAUAAACUGGAGGGCCCUGAACGAGAAGAGCCAAGCGAAGGUGUCGAGCCCGCGAGAGGUGAACCUCCACAGGUUUAAGAAGCUUAAUAAGCGGAGCCUGCCGUUUUACGUGUUCAGGGAGGAGUACCAGGCUGCGCUGAGGGAGCGUCGCCAGGAGGGGGGGAAGCUGGAGCAGCUCGCGGAGGAGGAGAAGCCGUCGGAGGAGGAGAAGCAGUCGGAGAAGCCUGCGGAAGUCGGAGGAGACAGCCCCGCGAGGGACAACCCGCAAGACGAAAGCUCCAAAACGUUGCUGAAGGACCCCCGCACGUGGAGCCACCAGCAGAAGGGGAAACCCCGCGAAGGACGAGCCCCGAAAGAACCCUCAUUGAAGCCCUUCAGAAGAAGAAAGCGAAGAAUAAAUGACUCCAUUUUUUUUGAUGAAGAUGUAUUUGAAAGUUAUUUGGAGGGGAAAAGGAGCUGCGUGGUGAAGUGCGCUCGGAAUGUGUUUCUGGCCGACUGCUUUUACUACCGCAGUGUGGUGCAGAGCUUGGGGGAUUUCAUGGCGGAGGGGGGGGACGAGAGGGGAGAGGAAACGAAGGAGGGAGACCUAAGCGGAAUGAUCCCGAAGGAGGAACGCAUCGGAGGAGUGACCCCGAAGGAGGAAGACCUAAGCGGAGUGACCCCGAAGGGGGAAGACCUAAGCGGAGGGAACGCGGAGGAGGCCCCCCCCAAGGCGAGCAAAAUAGCCUUCCGCGUGCGAGCGGGGGGCGGGAAGAAGCAGGCCCAGAGAGCCGUCUGCAAAGGGUUCGAGGAGAGCCCCUGGGGGGGAGACGAAACGGACGCGUCGUGGGGUGGAGGCGGUGGAGGAGCCCAUGAAGGGAGCGUGAUGGAGGGGGGGAUUACCCACAAAGGAAACGAGCACACAGGGGUGGAAAGUCUAAUCGAGAAAUGCCCAGCGGAGGGAUGCCAAACCGAGGAACGCGCUGCGGAGGAAACUGAUGGUGAGCCCCCCCUGCACGGGAUAGGCCAGCUAGCCAACAACGCUGCGGGGCCCCCCCAAGGGAUAAAAGAAAAGAGAAAAAAAAAAAAAAAAAAGGGGGAGAAGUCACACAGAGCAGUGGUGAGGAGGCAGGUGAGCAGACCACUGAGGAGAAACACCCUGGUGAUGAACCUCCAAAUGGGUUACUGCCCCCUGGAGGACAGCUCCUUCUUCCAAGUGAACGAAGGGCAUGUGUACAGGCAGCACAUUGACUUUGGCUUCUCCUUUGUAUUUCGCUCGAGGGAGAAGCUGGACGUGGCCCUAAAAAUGGAGCGAAGGAAUGUCCCCCUGUUUGAGGAGGACUGUCUUCAACUCAUCACCAUCGACGUUAUGAAUAAGUGCAAACGGAAUGAUCACUUGAAAUUCCUUUUGUGUAACCGGAUGGCUGGGACGGGUCGCUCGCUGGUUCAAGUGCUAAGUGAUUACUUCGCGCGGCUGAAUUCGCCUGCGGGGCUGCACGAGGCCGCGAGCGAGCUGUCGCGGAUCCUCCCCAGGGACGUCGACGUGCUGAUGAGGCUGGAGAAGGACGAUGUGACACACGUCACCACCAUAGCCAUUUUGAAGAGGAAGGUCCUGUGA